AUUUAAGGUCUAAACAUCACGAUCAUAUGGUAUCACGCAUGUUUUCAUCACCUAAAGGAGAUACAGCACCUAAUUUCAGUUGUUCAGGAGUCAGUUCAAUUAAGCCCAUUUCAGAGUGCAUCAUUAAUAAAAGUAUCAACAGCCAAAUCGACAUAGACAGUCUUUUGACAGAACAGGAAGAGCAGGAGGAGGAUGAGAAAGAGGAGGAAGAAGAUGAAGAAGUAUGUGCUACACAAGGCUCAAUGUCUAUAGAAACUAAAGAACAAACCAACAACUUGAAUUGUGGCUUUGCAUAUGAGAACUGCCUGUUGCAGUUGGCCUAUAUGAAUGUAGUUACAAAAUGUCCACAGUGUGGUAAAGAUGUAUAUUCAAAAUCAGAAAUGUUGGCCACCUCCAUUACAAUAAAAUGGCAGUGUGAAGCAGGCCAUGAAACUCAGAAAUGGCAGUCCCAACCAAGGAUUCGGAAUAUGAAUUUAGGAGAUUUUGUGCUAUGUUCAAAUAUUUUGCUAUAUUUUAUAUAUAUAUAA